AUGACUAUGACCCAGGCUUCUGAGUAUGUUUCCGAGCGCCCGGAAAGGUCAUUUUCUCAAGAUGGGGAAUCUGGUUAUGCUUCACCAGGGUCAAGCACUGGUGGAUUGCCCGAAAUCUACUUUUCGAGACCUCAUCUAAAGUACCUGAAUGAACAGUUGGCAAAUCUCGAGCCACAAGAAAUUCUCCGCUGGUGCCUGAUCUCUCUUCCUGGCCUGCACCAAACAACCGCAUUUGGCCUCACCGGGUUGGUAACCCUGGAUAUGCUAUCCAAGAUUAACGCUGGUACCAAACGUCAAAUCGACCUUAUCUUUCUCGAUACUCUCUACCACUUUAAAGAAACCCUCGAACUUGUCGACCGUGUCAAGAAGCAAUAUCCAUCUACCAACUUGCAUGUGUACAAGCCUUUAGGCUGCGAGACUGCUGCAGAUUUCGAGAAAACCAACGGCGAGAAAUUAUGGGAAACCAACGAUAACCUGUACGACUACCUCGCUAAGGUUGAACCUGCACAACGUGCCUAUUCCGAGCUUCGUGUAAAGGCUGUCCUCACGGGGCGUAGGAGGAGUCAGGGUGGAAAGAGAGGUGAUCUUGAUAUCAUCGAGGUGGAUGAUGCCGGUUUGGUGAAGGUGAACCCAAUGGCAAACUGGUCCUUUCAACAGGUCAAAGCAUACGUUGAUGAACACAACGUUCCAUACAACUCUCUGUUGGACCAGGGUUACAAGAGCGUUGGUGACUGGCACAGCACUAGCCCAAUCAAGGAAGGCGAGGAUGAGCGUGCUGGACGCUGGAAAGGUACCAACAAGACCGAGUGUGGUAUUCACAAUAAGCGAUCGAAAUAUGCCCAAUUUCUGAGAGCACAAGAGUUGAAAGACAAGGAGGAAGCUCUUGUAGAAGCCCUGCGAAACGUCGAGACACAACAGUCCGCAUCUGCUGUUUCCGUUUAA